AUGAAACAUACAGGUUAUCUUAUAGCCUAUGAUAACUAUUUGACAUCUUUUAGGCUCGCAAAAAGUCUACUUAUAAGUGGUUUGUUUUCUGUGGGGACUGUGAGGCCACAAAGGAAGGAUCUUCCACCAAUGCUGAAGGCUAAUAACAAACUACAAAGAGGGGAAUCAGUGUUCCUAACUAAGGAAGGUGUUGCUGCAAUAAAGUGGAUGGACAAAAAGGCUGUUACAUUGUUGACUACUGCACACAAUUCAGCGAUUAUUACAUCUGUAAAUCGUACACAAAAGGAUGGUACUAAAACAGAAGUACCUUGCCCUAAAGCUGUUGCCGUAUAUAACGAUAUCAUGGGAGGGGUUGAUUGCUUCGAUCAAAGAAAAGAAAGAUACCAAAUAGGAAGAAGAUCUGUAGAAUGGUGGCAUCGUAUUUUUGAUUUUCUUAUUGAUCUUGGCAUCGUAAAUAGUUUUAUACUGUGGCAAGUAAACAAGAGAAAGAGAAACAGAAGUUUAGACCAGCUAACAUUCCGUAUAGCAUUAGCUCGUCAACUAAUAGACGGAUAUUCCUCGAAAAAAGGAAAGGCCGUCCUGCUAGCUUCCAAGCAAAAAGGUGUGCAGUUCCGGAUGAUAUACGCUUAG